AUGGUUUUCACUCGCUCCCUCACAACCUUCUUGCGCGCCUCGAGACAUAUUGCGACCCCAGCUCGAGGUGUCAACCCCGUCAAUAGAGUCUUCGGUCACGACAGAUUCGGUGCCAGAGGAUAUGCCGCAGUCUUCAAUCGAGACAAACCCCAUGUCAACGUUGGAACCAUUGGCCACGUCGAUCAUGGCAAGACUACCUUGACCGCCGCCAUCACAAAAAGACAAGCAGAGCAGGGCUUUGCAGAGUUCUUGGACUAUGGAGCUAUCGAUAAAGCUCCGGAGGAGCGGAAACGUGGUAUCACCAUCUCGUCUGCACAUGUCGAAUACGAAACACAGGGACGCCACUACUCGCAUGUCGAUUGUCCCGGUCACGCUGAUUACAUCAAGAAUAUGAUCACUGGUGCUGCUCUGAUGGACGGUGCUGUGGUCGUGGUGGCUGCAGGUGAUGGACAGAUGCCGCAAACCCGAGAACAUUUACUCCUCGCCCGCCAAGUCGGUGUCCGGAAGAUCGUGGUCUUCGUCAACAAAGUUGAUACCGUGGACGAUCCGGAAAUGUUGGAGCUCGUCGAGAUGGAAAUGCGCGAGGUUAUCAGCAACUACGGAUUUGAAGGCGAUGAGACACCCAUCAUCUUUGGAUCUGCACUGUGUGCCCUCGAAGGGAAGAGACCAGAUAUCGGCGUGGAAAAGAUUGAUGAGCUCUUGAAAGCUGUGGACACCUGGAUUCCCGACCCAGUUCGUGACACCGACAAGCCUUUCUUGAUGCCUAUCGAGGAAGUCUUUGGCAUUCCAGGACGUGGAACCGUUGCAUCCGGUCGAGUUCUCCGUGGUAUCCUCAAGAAGGACUCUGAAGUUGAAAUCAUCGGUGGUAAUGGACCGGUCAUCAAGACAAAGGUCACCGACAUCGAAACAUUUCACAAGCAUUGUGAUGAGUCUAGAGCUGGUGAUAACUCGGGCCUGUUACUUCGAGGCAUCAAACGUGAGGACCUCAUCCGUGGACAAUGUGUCGUCGUCCCUGGAAGCGCAAAGGCAGCCAAGAAGGCUAUGGUAUCUAUGUACGUUUUGACGGAAGAGGAAGGUGGUCGCAAGCACGGCUUUGGCACUGCCUACCGACCAGUUGGAUUUAUCAAGACCGCCACAGAGGCUAUUGCGCUCUCAUGGCCAGAGGGUGUGGAAGAUCCUGAGCGAAUCGUCAUGCCGGGUGACAACGUCGAAAUGAUUAUGGAAGUGCUCCACCUGACGGUGAUGGAACCUGGAGAACGAUUCAACCUGAGAGAAGGCGGUAAGACAGUUGCCACCGGUAUCAUCACGAGUAUCGUGGAGUAA